CUCCAAUAUAGCUUACGUGGAAAAUGCGUGACACCUUGGCCUGCAGUACACUAUCGUGGCAAGAUCUCGUUGGUUCAGUGACGCCAAAAGUGAAAUUAACUGAUUCAUUCAAGACGACCGAGUCCAACUUUCCAUGUAACAUAGAAGUAGAGUAGAUUCAGUGAAAAUUCAAAGAGAACAAUUUUGAGAGAAAUUAAAAAAAAAAAAAAAUUGCAGAGAAACAGAGCGGCGGCCAUGGCAGCUCGCAAGAGAACUUCAGCAACCACAGCAGCAGGAACAGACACAAAGCCAAGUCCUCCUCAAACCCAAGAAACAAACACCCAAAUCGACCCACCAAUCUCUCCGCCAAAGAAAGGCAUAAUCCUUAAGUUCUGUAUUUUCUUUUCAAUUCCAUACUUUUACCUUCUUUACCAACACUAUAAGAUUGAGGAAGACCUCAAGAGAUCCAUCCUUGUCAAUGCUGCCCUUAGCGUUGCCGGCUUCUUCGUUACUCUGAGAAUGAUUCCUGUUGCGUCUAGAUAUGUUCUGAAACGUGGUUUAUUUGGAUUUGAUAUCAACAAGAAGGGAACCCAUGAAGGCACUGUUAAAGUGCCUGAGUCAUUGGGAAUUGUUGUAGGCAUUGUUUUCUUGGUCUUGGCUAUCUUGUUCCAGUAUUUUAACUUCACAGCAGAUUCAAAUUGGCUUGUUGAGUACAAUGCAGCCUUAGCAUCUAUCUGCUUCAUGAUUUUACUUGGAUUCGUAGAUGAUGUCCUGGAUGUCCCUUGGAGAGUGAAACUAAUACUGCCGUCAAUUGCUGCUCUUCCAUUGUUGAUGGCCUAUGCUGGGAACACAACUAUCAUCAUUCCCAAGCCUCUUGUUUCAUAUGUUGGGCAAGAGGUGUUGGAUCUAGGAUGGGUGUACAAAUUGUAUAUGGGACUUUUGGCAGUUUUCUGCACAAAUUCCAUUAACAUUCACGCUGGUUUGAAUGGCCUUGAAGUUGGGCAAACAGUUGUCAUUGCAUCGGCUAUUUUGAUACAUAAUUUAAUGCAAAUAGGAGCAUCUUCAGAUCCUGAGUAUAAACAAGCUCAUGCUUUCUCUAUUUAUCUUGUACAACCCUUACUGGCCACUUCCUUGGCUUUACUUUCUUACAACUGGUAUCCUUCUUCAGUUUUUGUUGGGGAUACAUACACAUACUUUGCUGGAAUGACCAUGGCUGUAGUUGGGAUUCUUGGACAUUAUAGUGAAACACUCUUGAUUUUCUUUCUUCCUCAAGUGUUAAACUUUCUCUUGUCACUUCCUCAGCUUUCUGGCUAUGUCAAAUGUCCCCGACAUCGUCUUCCAAGGUUCAAUCCUGAGACUGGACUACUUACUGGGACACGUGAUGGGACACUCGUUAACUUUUACUUGAGAAUAUUUGGGCCGAAAUCAGAAAAGUUGCUCUGUAUCCACCUUCUUCUUGUUCAGGUUGAUCAAGAAGGAUAAGAGAGGUUUGAAAGGGCUGCUGGCUGUGGUUAUUGGCAAUUUGAAACUGACCAGGACUUCUAGAGUUCAGCCUCUUGCGUCUCACAAAGAAUGUUUUCAGCAAGGAAACAAGCUUAUGCCAUGCUAAUUAUGGAAUCUUGGUCAUGCACGAAUUUUCUUCUACAAAGUUCAAAGAUUAUGUUGUGGGUUAAGAAUCAGACACGCUUGAAAAUUUGAAGCCCAAAAGUAAAGUCAUAUAGAUCGAUGAUAAUGACGAUGGCUGUUGCGGGCCAAUUAUUUGCAGUUGGAUUGUGGACUUCUAAAUCAGGGUUAAGGUUUGAAUACCAUCAGAUUCGGAUGAAUGAAGCAGAUAUUCAUAAGACAGCCUUCUAAACACAUAAAGGGCAUUAUGAGUUUCUAGUUAUGCCAUUUGGUUUCACUAAUGUACUUUCCACCUUUUAAAGCCUCAUGAAUUGUAUUUUUAAGGCAUAUUUGAAAAAUUUUGUUUUAGUAUUUUUUGAUGACAUCCUCUUUUAUUCUACUGAUUUGAGUAGUCAUGUGAUAUAUUUGAAGAAGGUUUUUGAGAUUUCAAAAUCAAACAAGUUGUUUCUCAAACGCAGCAAAUGUGAGUUUGGGGCUACUGAAGUGGAAUGCUUAGGCCAUAUGAUUUCUGAAAAAAGAGUAAAGAUGGACAAGCAGAAAGUUUCAAAAACAUCGGAUUGGCCACCACCUAAGUCUCCUAAGGAAUAGAGGAUUCUUGGGUCUUACAGGUUAUAAUAGGGCUUUUGAAGUUUGAAGAUGGCCAUUACCAUUGCCUCAAUACAGUGUCAUGAAAUCAUUACUCUCUUUUAACAAAAUUAAGAUCGCUAGUCGUCCAAUGCCAAUACUUAUAGACCCAAAAACCUUUUUUUUUCUAUCCAAUAUGGGAUCAAUACGCCUUACUUAUUUUUUUGAACGCUUGAUAUGAUAGUCUCCCCAACUCUGUCUCACGACGCUCUUAUCACUGCUAUCACCCUGCCUGCUCCUCUUUGGAAUGCUUGACGUAGUUAGACUUUACUACCAUGCUUUACCUCAACACCUUAUUAAGUAACCAGACUGGCCCACUCUGUUUACUCCCACUUGGUCAUUGGACGUGAAAUUGGAUUGAAUCAAGGGUUGACUCUAAUAUCAUUUAUUACGUAGCCAUUACUUUCUCUCUGUGCAAAACCGGUUUUAUUAAAAAGUAUGGUGCCAACGUUUAUCUGCCUAAGGAACCUCAAUUUCCUAUAUG